CUUCCGCUGGCGAUAUAUAUUCAAAGCAACCUAGCUUUUUUGCGACCAGAUAUUUUCAGUGAACCUUAUAACGGAGGAAUCCAGAUUCUUUGUCUUGCAAUAACAGGAAUUAUAUUACUAAGAACAUUUUUGGGGAUAAUUUGCUUGAUUAUAUUGGUUAUACGUAAAUUAAAAAGGAGGCAUUUGUCUAUGGAUGACACGAUUGAGAAUUUUCUUCAAAGUCAAAACAAUUUAAUGCCUAUAAGGUAUUCUUAUUCUGAAAUAAAGAGAAUGACUGAUGGUUUCAAGAAUAAACUAGGACAAGGAGGAUAUGGUUUUGUGUUUAAAGGAAAACUUCGAAGUGGUCAACUUGUUGGUAUAAAAUUGUUAAACAAAUCAAAAGCUAAUGGCCAAGAUUUCAUCAAUGAAGUUGCAACUAUUGGAAGAAUUCAUCAUGUUAAUGUGGUAAAACUUAUCGGAUUUUGCGUGAAUGGAUCAAAACAAGCUCUUGUGUAUGACUUCAUGCAGAAUGGAUCUUUAGAUAAAAUAAUAUUUUCAACUGAAAAUAACACUUUAAGUUGGCAAAAAAUGUUUGAGAUUGCACUGGGAGUGGCUCGAGGUAUUGAAUAUUUACAUAGAGGUUGUGAAAUGCAAAUUUUACAUUUUGAUAUCAAGCCACAUAACAUUCUUCUAGAUGAGAACUUUAUCCCGAAAGUUUCAGAUUUUGGCCUUGCAAAGUUGUAUUCAGUGGAUGACAGUAUUGUUUCUCUCACAGCUGCAAGAGGUACAUUAGGAUAUAUGGCUCCUGAAUUAUUUUAUAAAAAUAUUGGAAGCAUCUCAUAUAAAGCCGAUGUUUAUAGUUUUGGAAUGAUGCUAAUGGAAAUUGUGGGAAGGAGAAAAAAUGUGAAUGUCUUUGCUGAACAUUCAAGUCAAAUUUAUUUUCCAUCAUGGAUUUAUGAUCGAUUUGAAGAAGGAGAUAUCAUAGAACUUGGAGAUGUAACGGAAAAUGAAAAUAAAAUUAUGAGGAAAAUGGUAAUAGUAGCGUUUUGGUGCAUACAGAUGAAGCCCUCAGAUCGUCCUUCAAUGAGCAAAGUCUUGGAGAUGCUUGAAAGUGAAGUUGAGCUCCUUGAAAUCCCUCCCAAGCCGCUUUCACUUGAAAUGUCAACGAAAGAUGAGAUCAAUAAUCCAAAGGAACUUCCAUUAUUCGGCCUUCUGGCCCUUGCUUUAUCUCUAUUACCUGAUGUAUGCAUCGCUAGAGGCAAACACAAGCACUGUGGCUCUUCUUUCUGUGGAAACAUUAACAUCACUUACCCUUUUCAAUUAAAAAGUCGGCCUCGGAGUUGUGGUUACAAUCCUUAUGAACUAGUAUGCGAGAAUAACCGCACCAUUUUCUCCAUGAACUAUGGGAAUUUCUAUGUCCAACACAUCUCUUAUAGUAACGAAACCAUUCAACUGUUAGACGUGAGUCUUGACAAGGAUAACUGCUCCAUUCCUCAUAGUUCCUGCCCUUUCUACAUAGCUGCACUAUAUAUAUAUAUAUCUAUCGAACUACCUAGCAUCAUGUAUCUCGUAAAUUGCCCGAUCCAGAUCAACCACUCUUGGGUUUAUAUCGAUGCUUUUCGUUGUACCAAUACCACUUCCUCUCGACCUCCUUACUAUUACUUUUUGGAUGAAAAUACAGCAAAGUCUGAUUUCCAUGAGUCAUGCACAGUUGAAGCGCAGGUUCCAAUCAUGGUUGCCAAUAUCAAUGGCCUCUCUACUUUUGAUAUUUACACAAAGCUGUUGGAGGGAUUCCAACUCUCAUGGUCUUCGUAUGAUGAUAUGUCAAGGAGAGACUCAAUUGUUAACGUGUGA